ACAAGUAUUCAUCCUUUGGUUUGGUUUGGUUUGUCUCCUUCUCCUUCCUUCCCGCGGUGAGUUGGUGGAGGCGAGGGAGUAGUACAAAGGAGAUUGAAGAGGCGGUGGAGGUGGAGGUGGGGCAGGAGGGGCUUUGGAGUUGCGGGAGGAGACGCGCGGAUGGGAGAGAGUGAAGAGAGCGGUAGCAUGGAUCGCGCCAAGGCGGCGGCGGCGGCGGCGGCGGGGAAGGAGAACGCCGUGUCCCGCGCCGUCGCGGAGGACGACACUGCGCUGCUGCUGGCGGCGGUGGGGUCCUUCAGGAAGGAGGCGCUGGGGCGGCUCCGCAAGGGCUCGGACGCGUCGCGGAUGCUGGACCAGGAGAUGUCAACGAGGCUGCUCCACCUCGCCUGCAAGCACGACGCCGUGCAGUGCGCCAGGCUCCUCCUCGAGGGCGGCCACGGCAUCACGCCGCCGCCGGUGGACGCCAGGGACCAGCUCACGCGGACGCCGCUCCACAUCGCCGCCGAGGUGCACGCGGCCAGGUGCGUCGAGCUGCUGCUCUCCAAGGACGCUCGCGCCGACCUCAAGCUGGUCGAUGGCCGGCCUCUUCUCGCGCUCGAGGUCGCUCUCCUCAGCAGAAGAGUUCAAGUUAAAUGGUCACUGGACAGCUCCAUUGAAGAUCUUCUGUCUUGCCUGCAGGAAAAGGAUCUGAAGGCAGUAAGGCUCCUGGCAGAGAGAACCAGAGAGGUUGGAGAGGUGGCUUACAAAUAUGCCAUGGAGGGACGUGUUGCUCCUUUGGCGAUGCUGCUUCUGGUGGCUGAAGAGAAGAUAUCAGCACCAGUUAGUGUAGUUAUUGAGGGCGUCAGGACAAAGAAAUCAAUCUACUACUCAGUUGUGGAUGAGGCUCUGUCAAUCGGGGAUGCUCCAGUUCGUGACGGCAAUGAAAGGAGAAAGGCCCUGCUUUGUGAGAUUCAACUGCUUAACCAAUUUGGGGCAGCGUUAUGGAGGGAUCGCAUCAUUGACAAGAGAAGCUUGUCCCCUCUACUUAAAGCUGCCAAGGUUGGAGAUGUGAAUGUCACAAAGAUGCUUCUGAUGGGGGAUGUUGAUGUCAAUGAAGCCGAUCCUGAAGGAAACACGGCCCUUCACUGGUGCCUUAGUGGUAGCUCAAGCACACAGGAGCCAAGGAUUGUGUGGCUCCUGCUGAAGAAUGGUGCCAGAGUUUUCCAGGGAAACAAACUAGGUCUUACACCAGUACACAGUGCUGCGGCUAAGGGAAAUUAUAAGGCCCUUCAGUCCCUUCUGCUUCAUGCACAAGAUUGUGUUGAUAUACCUUCCAAGACCAAAGAGACUCCAUUGUUCUUGGCAGUAAAGAAUGGUUCUGUGGAUUGUGUAAAACUCCUCCUGCGUUCUGGGGCUAGCACCAAAGUUCAGAACCUAAGAAAGCAAAGACCAAUAGAUGUGGCAACAUCCCAAGAUAUGCGUUUCAUUCUUACCUCUGCAAAUGUGGCUCCAUGGAACCGUAGCUCACAUCCAAAAAAAAGUUCGAUAGACAAGGAAAGCUGCAAAGAGUUCCUAGAUGACGAUUUUGUUGAUUAUGACAGCGAUGAUAUAAAUGAAAGCUGUACUGGGCUUAAAACAUCAGCAAGCCAUCGAGAUUUUCGGUCUAGAGGUUCUGCCCAAGGGGGCAAGAGUAAGAGCCAUUCUGCUCCCAAGCAAGGGUCCAAGCUUGUGCCUCGGCCUAAUCACUGGCCGAAGCACGACUACACUCGAAAAAUUUUCGUUGGGGGCCUCCCACCUUCUGUGGGUGCUGAGUACCUUACUGAGUUCUUCACUGCUGAAUUUGGACCUGUGGAGGAAGCAGUAGUCAUUGGGAUAAGGAUGGGCGAUCGGGUGCAAUCCCGAGGCUUUGGUUUUGUAAAGUUCAAAAGAGAAGAGGAUGUGAUAAGUGCAAAGGAAACUCAUCAUGUGUACAUGCUUGGGAAGAGAGUGGAGGUGAAGGAUGCUGUUGCUAGAGGAUCCUUGCCUGCAGAACUCCAGAAAACUUCAUUCAGGCACCACAACCAGGAGGUUCCCAAGGUAACUCACAGUCUGUUGGAUGGUGAGUUAAAUGAGGAACAUAACACUAGGAACCGGCGGCCAUUGCCAGAGAAGUGUCUUCCAUCUUGGUUCUUUAUAUUCAGGAAGUGGUUGCCAGGAUUUCUUCUCGAUGCUACCGAACGGCUUGGAGAUAGGUACCCAUUGAGCUCUCUGAAGGGUGAUUUCAGAGCGAUUUGCAGAAUGGAGCUUGAUCAUGGCACGCUUGGUUAUCCUAAGCUAAGUGACUUCAUGCGCUCCCUCCCUGGUAUCUGCAGAAUGUGUGUAGUCCCUGUAGGAAGUGGUCCUGCAACACACAUGGUCCUCCUUCCACCGGUCACGCGACCAAAGUAUGUACCCUUGCUAGAGCCAUUCUCCCUUGAUCAUGAUGAGCUCCCAGAAUCAGUGUCAGAUCAUCAGUCCCCAAGGUCUCCACUUACCACUAAUAUCACCGAGGACUCUCCUCGUAACACAGACAGUCAGCAGGGUGAUACUUGCAGUGAGAACAAUCUGCAGAGCCAGCAGGGCGAUGAGUGCAGCAGGAGUAAUGCUGAAAGCCAGCAAGAUAGUGCUUCCACUGACAACGGUAGCUUGCUGAGUGAAGUUACGGUCAUCAGCACCACAAAACCUGAUUCCAUUGAGUCCAUACCUACAGGAAAGUCUGAUUUGAUUGAACCUGUACCUACAAGAAAACCUGAUCUGAUUGAGCCUGCAACUGCAAAAAAAUCUGAUUUGAUUGUGCCUGAACCUACAGCAAAACUUGAUUUACUUCAGCCUGUGCCUACCAGAAAACCAAUUCUGAUUGAGCCUGCAUCUCUCACUCAGAAAAUUGUUUCUGAGCCUAUGAGGAAGACUGAUUUAUUUGAGUCUGGACUUGCAAGGAGGAUUGGAUUGAUUGGUUCCAGACCAACAUCAUGCUUUGUUGACUGUCCAGUUGAAAGGCCAGAGGUAACUCCGAGCAACUGUGAGACUGAUAUGAGAUUCUCUUUCUUCCAAUCACAAUGGGAUAGGUUCCUGGCUCCAUAUCCCAAGAGUGAUUACUGCAUCAUUUGUCGAUCAUACGAUGCUGCAAUGCAGCUCGUCCCAUGCCUUCAUAAGAUAUGUGUUGCCUGCAUGAUGAGGUGCAAUGUCAGGGCAUGCAUGACCUGUGGCACUGCUGUAAGUGGAGUAAAGUCUUCCCCUGCACAGGAUGCAAGAUACCAAUAUGUGGGAAUCAUGGAGCAGGCAUUGGAUCAAAGGUGCCAGCUGAUGGUGGUCUGCUGUGGAGCUGAGGCGAUUGUUAGAUGUUCCCCCUGUAUGCACAGCAUUGCAUGCCGAGGAUGUUUCCUGGCUUCGGUGACAUUACUCAAGAACUGCACCACUUGUGGCUGCAUGAUUCAGCAUUUCAAGUUUGUUUGACUAGGCUUACAUCCAGGAUACAGUAAUACCAGAAUUUACAUUACUAUAUAGAAUAAAGCAAACAGUCCCACAAUCUGAAGGAGAGAUCAGUUCCCUCUCCUUCGAUUUUGCUGCACUCGUGGGAUUAAUAGGCUAUUAUGGUAGGCGCGCUCACUCCUGCAAGCUUGAGGAGUGCUCUUUUUUGGUCCUUAGUUCUUGCUUAGAAAUGUGUUGUGAUGCAUGCUUGAUGGACAUGCUUCUGUAAGCUUGUGAUGAGGAGUGUGUUCCCUCCCAUUUUGGCAAAGCUUAAUUCAUCUAUGCCAUGUAAAGUCCCCUAUCUAUGAGGUGACUCUUUUUGUAAAUCCAGUACUAUCUAUCUAAGGUGGAUCUUAUUGGGCUUUUCUGUUGUUUGAAUCUGCUGUGGCUGGAGCUUGCUGCUCUAU